GCACACAUAGUGAAUCUCAGAAUAGUGCAUUUGAAAAACUUAGAGAAGUUUUGAUUAAAAGGCCCAUUCUUGCGAUUAAUGACUCUAAACUAGAGACAGAAAUCCACACUGAUGCCUCCGAAGACGGGCCGGAAUUUUAUUACAGAGGCAGGGAGAUGGCAACUUGAAACCAGUACCUACUGUACUUUAGUCACCAAACAUCAAGAGAGGAGCAAAAGUACCACUCCUAUGAGCUAGAGACUUUAGCCGUAGUGUGUUCGUUACAUAGAAGGUGUUUCUUUGAGCUUAUGUUCUAUUGUUGUUUUUCUAGAGGAAGGACCACGCAAUUCUUUAGUGAAAGGUUCCAAAAAUCGUAUUGUGCCACACCCUCCUCGGCUGAUAUAUAUAAACCAAAAUCUUUACCGAAUCAAUUCAGAGUUAAGUUUUACUUACAUUAACAAUGGCAUUCAAGUUUGUAGUAUUCGCUGCAUUUGUAGCUGUAGCCCAAGCUGGUUACGUAGCUCAUCAACCGGCUGUAGCUUAUGCUUCAGCUCCAGUAGCUUACGCCAAAGCUGUCGUAGCUGAGCCAGCUGCGCCAGCUCACUACGACUACGGAUACACCGUCAGCGACCCUCACACCGGAGACCAAAAAUCCCAACAAGAAACUCGUCGUGGUGAUGUCGUCCAAGGUAGCUACUCUUUGGUGGAUUCCGAUGGAACUAAACGUACCGUAGACUACACUGCUGACCCACACAACGGAUUCAAUGCUGUCGUACAUAAGGAACCUGCUCAUGCUCAUGUUGUUGCUCCAGUUGUUGCCAAGUACGCUGCAGCCCCAGUAGUAGCUAAAUACUCUGCUCCAACUGUCUACUCUGCUCCAGCUACUUACGCUAGCUACGCUGCACCAACUGUCUAUGCCAGCCAUAGCCAUGCUGCUCCAGCUGUAUACGCUAGCCACAGUCAUGCUGCACCAACUGUCUACUCCAGUCAUGCUGUCCCAGCUACCUAUGCCAGCUACGCUGCCCCAACUGUCUACGCCAGUCAUGGUCAUGUUGCUCCAGCUGUCUACGCUGCCCCAGCUACUUACGCUGCUCACUCUGCCUACGCUGCUCCAGCUUACUACCACCAUUAAAUGGUUACCG